CUUGCGUAAAGGAAAGUGCUACUCGUCUCGCGGUUUGUGCAUAGGAAGAAUCGUCUGCUGCCAGCCGCUUCUGGCUCGUUUUCUUUUGUGUUCUCGUCGUUCGGAAGUGUGCACACACGCGUUUUUCACUUCUCCGGUCAAGGCGAGUCUCGUUUUUCUUCGAGUGAAAAAGAAGUGACGGAUAGUGAAUGAAUUUUCCCCAACUGUCACUGCCGUUGCCGUCGAUAGUUUAACUCGCUCUGGAAAAGUGUUCGAUCUGAAAAUUCCGUCCGCAGUAGCGUGAGGACGAUUCGCUGAAAGAAAUUUUUGACCUCGGAUAUUUUCCUAACGACUAGAGUUCCGCCAAAUAAGUUCAUCAUGACUGGAACUGAGAACAACGCAGUGAAGGCCGUGGGAUCCGCUUCCGAUGGCGAAGAUCAGAUGGAUGUGGAUUUUAUGGAUGACCCGGCCUAUAUGAAUUCGGCUUCGCGCCGGAUGAUGAUGAAGGAGGUCAUCAAAUCGUUGCCAGACAAGGUGCAGCACCGAAUCAACGCUUUGAAACAUCUGCAGCAAAAGUAUCUCAAGUUGGAGACUAAAUUCUUCGAGGAGGUUUAUGCACUCGAGUGCAAAUACCAGGAGAUGUAUCAGCCACUGGUCGAUCGCAGGAAAGCCGUUAUAACUGGUGAAGCCGAGCUGGAGGAAGGCGAGGGAGAGUGGGAGGAUAAAAGUAAAGAGGAUGAGACUAUUGAUGCUUCACUAACGGAACGUUUCAAGCGAAUGGCUUUGAACUACAAAAAUCAGCAUGCAAAAAUUGUCAAGGACUCGCAGGGCAUUCCGGCUUUCUGGUUGACUGUCUUCAGGAACACUCAGACGAUGGCCGAUAUGAUUCAGCCUCAUGACGAACCGGUGCUGGCACAUUUGACUAACGUGAAUAUCGUGUACAAGACGGAACCGAUGAGCUAUGUGCUUGAGUUCCACUUUUCGGCCAAUCCAUACUUCAAGGAUACGGUGCUGACUAAGCAGUACUUUAUGCGGUGCCAGGUUGACUCAGACGAGCCUUUCAGUUUUGAAGGUCCAGAAAUUUACAAGUGCAUCGGCUGCUCGAUCCAGUGGAAUCCUAGCAAGAAUGUGACGGUCAAGACCAUUAAGAAACAGCAGAAACACAAGCAGCGCGGUAUUAUUCGCACUUUAACCAAAACGCUUCCUAACGAUUCGUUCUUCAACUUUUUCAACCCACCCAAGGUGCAGGACGAUGAGAAGAAUGUAGAUGAUGAGACACAGAUUUUGCUGGCAGCGGACUUUGAGAUUGGUCAUUUCCUACGCGCUCGCAUCAUUCCGAAGGCUAUCCUUUACUACACUGGCGAAGUGAUGGAUGAUGACGACGAUGGCGAAGAGGAGGAAGAAGAGGAAGAGGAGGAGGAGGAAGGUGAAGAAGAGGAGGAAGAGGGUGAGGGUGAGGAUGAGGAGGAAGAGGAAGAGGAAGAGCAGCGACCACCAGUGAAGAAUCGGAAAACUGGAGGACGCGGUGGUGGUAGCAAAAAGAAGGAAGGACAGACCCCAGCUGACUGCCAGCAGCAAUAGGGAGAUCAAAGUGUGUCCUUAUUGUGCCCUCGCCAGCUUACAUGGAAGAAUAUGUUUUUAAUUGUUUCGUCUAUAUCCACGCACUCAAUCACACACAACCAUAUCUAUAUAUCGAAAUGCAUUACAUUAAUAUAUACGGAACUGCUUUGAGGAUUACUGCUACCGCGGAAACCAUCCUGUCAACCUAGCAGAAUUAAUAAGCGAUCUUCUGUUGAUGCCUAACUUCCAGCAGCCAACCUAAGCUAUUUGUUGCAACAAACGCAUCUGGAUGUUUCUGCUAGAACCGAUCAAAACGAGAAGCUGGACUUGUUGUUUAACGCGUCUUUUUGGUUCAGUGUUUUAACUCUAUUUUUGUAACUAACGGAAAUUGAAAUCUUCCCCAUAAAAGAUAAAUUCGUACACCUUUAAGCAUGAUGAUGGUGACAAAUUAAGCUAUCGCUCGGUUGGUUUCUAAUCAGACAUCUUAUUUCAAAUUCCAGGAAAGAGGAAAUAAGUAGUUUCCUUUAUUUAGUAGGAUUAUUAUUUUCUAAUAAAAUUAUAACUCGGAUAUUCA